AUGCCUGCUGAGCGCAACUCUCGCACCAGAAACAAUGAGACUUUUCAUCUGGACCUGCGUUGUCGCCCUUUGGCUCCUAGGCGCAACAAUUCUCCGGCAGCUGAACCCCAAAGAACGUCCACACCUUACCCUUCCCACCUCCAGACUCUAGAAGAGCACUUCACAGCUGGAGUGAUAGAGAUGCCAGUCCCCAGACGUCCUAUCCUAAGCUUUCCCUCUCAACAGGAGUCAGAUGACUCUUCUUUAGAGUUCCUUGAUGAAGGCGGUUUCCGUUACCCAUUUCCCCCUUUCCUGCCAAACGUUACUCACCGACCAUUCCUCAUUCCAGGUCCUCCUGACUCAUCCAACAGUGACACCGUAGUCUUGCAUCAAUUCCCGGGUCCCCUGGAUGUUCCUCAGGGAUCAGAAGCAACCACCAGAUCUUACCAUGUUGCUCCUGCACAGGUUUUCCCAUCUUCAUUGCCCAUGAAUACCUCGUCGUCCCCUAAUCCUGACAGUCCCCUCGCUGCAUCAACCGAUUCACCAAGCAUGCCACCUCUUGCCUCAGACGUCUCAGACAAUGGUAGCCUCGAUCAUGCUCCUAAUCUACGGUUACUAGCUGACGUUAGCGACUAUGUCACGGCCACAGAAGGAUAUAGCAGCGAUCUACAGGAAUUCGUAGUCUACAGUGACGACGUUAUCCAACGACCCUCCCUUAAUGUCACCCAAUCCUGGCGAUCCAUUCCCUUCGACACCUCCACCCCUAUUCAAGAUGUCGACCCCUUGGACCGCGUACUUCCCCACUUUCCUGGAGCCUAUGCUAUCACUAUUACUCGGCCUCCUAUGGGUGUCCCCAUCAAUGGGAAUCCGGCCUUUGGGCUACGACAAAUAUCGACUACCCCAGCAGAUGUGCUUCGAGUCGCUGAACCUGUGGGGAAUUGGAACCAAUCAGACAAGGAAUGGGAGGAGGACACUACAGAGUAUCUGCUGACGCGGGAUGACAACCUCUUGGAGAGUCUCUGGGCCUUGUUACAGGAUAUCAAGGACGCUGGAGUGACCAAUGAAGUCGAUUGUUUCAGGGCUGUUGAUGCCAAAAUCGACUUACUAUUGGCAGCACGACAAGCAGUAGGGGCCGAGCUUAUUCGUGCUCAACAGGAAAUGGAUCAAUGCCACGCUCGUCUCAAAGCGGCCAACCUGGAAGAACGUCUAGAACAACAUGAGUUCUCCAUUAUCACUUCCUCUUCAGGCACCAUGCCUCGCUGA